UAUGAGUGUGACCGUUUUGCUGAUUAUUGUUACAACGAUUUUUCGCUCUGCUGUUGAAAAUAUUUAUUAAUAUUCAUUCUAGGGCCUGCGUGGCCCACGAAUGCGGGUGUGUUAGACAGCGACAAUACCGUGUAGAAAAUCAGCCGACGACAUGCCAGCCAACAGCAACAGCAAAUACACCACCAACAGGAAAAACAAAAGGCAAGACCGCUAAGAUCAAAAGGUAGAAAUCAAGAUCAUGAGUCGCCAGGAUACAUCUUCGUCGUUGUCAGGAGUGGAACCCCGUUCAGCGGAGGAAGCUGCCGGCACAACAACAACAACAACAUCAUCGCCUGCAGCCGCAGCUACCGGCAGUAAAAUAUCCACCUCAACGCCACAGAAAGGUGACGAGCCAGAGAAAGAGUUCAUCAAUCAGAGUGUGGCCAGCGAAAUAGAUGCAAGCGGCACCCUGGCUAUAUCUAUGUCCGUUGAAAGCAGCGGCUCAACGGCCUCCACCAUGAGUGGCAGUCCUGUAGCCAAGCGUCAACUGAGCACAGCUAAUCUGUCCCGAAUACGUCCCCAGUCGAGUUACUCGGCCCGGGUUCUCAUCUUUGACGAUUCAGAUCAAGAGGCUGCUGCCGCAGCAGCUGCCCUAGCAGCCGCCUCGUCUUCCUGCAAUAGCAGCGUGAAGUCGUGCAGCGGCCUGGAGAUGCUUCCCACAUCCCCAGCAAAGCUGUCGAUUGGAAACGAUAGCACCAAUAGCUCCUCGAUAAUGAGAAACCUGAACCUAACCAAGAGCUCGUCCGGGGGUCUUUCGGGCAGUUCCAGCUCAUUGCACUCACGUGGCUACACGGCUCUGCUCCGCAAGAUUUCCUAUCAGCAGCACACUAACUCCUUGCGCACCGUCAGCAGCGAAGCAUCCAACUUGCUACGCAUGCGGCACUCCUCGCUGGGAAAGUCAGCUCCCUGUCUCACUGGCAACUAUUUCCGUCAUGAGCUGGCUGGUCCGCCUAUGGCUCAGGCCAAAAGCCAUUCAGCAGUUCCCUCGCCUGGCCACAACAUCUCGCGGUCGGGUAGCUGUGCAUUGAUUGGCAUGGCCAAGCAUCAUCACCAUAAUCUCCAUGGUGUGGUGAUGCGUGGGUCGGCUGUUGGCGGGACGGGCUCGGGCUCCACUGGUGUCUCCUCCUCCAGUGGUGUCGCUCAUCACCGUCUCAGCCUGGUCACGAAUGCUUCUGCUGUAGCCUCGACAAGCGGUUCGCGUGCGCAUUCUCCGUACUCGGCCAGUCCCGUGGACAGUCCGCGCCUCAAUUCGCCCAUGCCAUUUGCAUUUGCUCCGAUCAAGCGGAUCGCCUCGUGCCGUGGAGUGGUGGACGGACGUCGCUGGUCUGUGGCAUCAUUGCCCUCCUCCGGCUACGGCACCACCCCAGGCAGCUCCAAUUUAUCGUCUCAGUGCUCCAGUCAGGAGGCACUUAACCAAUUGCCGCACAACAUUCCUCCGUGUGUCCAGGAUGCUGAUGCUGCCGCUGUUGCCGCCGGCGCCUGCUGUGCCGAGCAUCUUAAGCAGCACUGUCCCAGGCAUUGUGUUUUGUUGCUGGCCGCUGCCCAGAAGCAGCAACAGCAGCAACAGCUGCACAAGCAGAAGCUUACGAUUGCAGGUUGUAGCAAUUGUUGUGCUGAUUUAAGCCUUGCCUGUAGCGGAAAGGGUCAGGAUAAUAGCAACAGAUCAGCCUCGAAUGCCACGCCAGGCUCAGGCGGCGUCGCCCCCGGACGAUUGUCGCCCCAUUUUCGUCCACGCUCCCGAUCGUUAUCCAGUCCCUCGCGCUCGCCCAUUGUGGACAAUGAGAUUGCGGUGAUGAAUACUUUGUACAAGGAGCGGUUUCCCAAGGCUACCCAGCAGAUGGAGGAGCGUCUGAAGCACUUUAUCCAAGAGAAUAAAAGCGCUGCUUGUAGCAGCUUUCGGGACUCCCAGCCCAUAGUGCGGUUUGUGCAUCAUCAGGUGCUAGAAAUGGCCCGCGAUUGCCUGCAUAAAUCUCAGGCGAAGCUGAUUACCUCGAAAUAUUUCUACGAGCUGAGUGAGAAUCUGGAGCGAUUGCUGGUUGAGACCAAGGAGAAGUCCCCGGAAGCAGCCGCCGAGCUGAGUGGCGUGAUCAAAAAACUAUUACUGAUCAUCUCGCGCCCGGCACGCCUGCUCGAGUGCCUGGAGUUCGAUCCCCAAGAGUUCUACGAACUACUGGAGGCGGCCGAGGGUCAUGCCAAGGCCAUGCCCGUCAUUAAGGCAGAUAUACCACAGUAUAUCAUACACAAAUUGGGCCUGAAUCGGGAUCCCAUUGCCGAGCUGCAGCAGGAAUUGCGGGAAACACAGCAGAUGUGCUCGGAGCAGGUCACAGUGAAUGCGGACCUGCUGCAGCAGGGCGGUUCUCUGCUACUCAACUCGCCUCUCACCAGUGCCGCCAAGCAGUUAAGCAGCCUGGCCCUCGAUGCCGUGCCUCUGGAUUAUCCCGUCCAUCCCAGUGGAACUAGUACGCCACAGCAGCCACCUCAAACGCCAGUGGCUGCGUGUGACGGACAGCCUGCUCCCAGCUUCGCCUUGGCGGUUAGUCAGCUGAACGAGGCGGACGAAUGUACGGGAUUUGGGUCAGGCACUGGUACAGAAACCUCGCAGCUCCAGACAUCUGCUGCAGGUAUACCACAGCCGUUACCACACGAAAACGACUUUGACAUUGCCAAGCUGAUCUCAAAUGGUGCUUAUGGAGCCGUCUAUUUAGUGAAGCACAAGACGACCCGUCAACGCUUCGCAAUGAAAAAAAUCAACAAGAAUAAUCUCAUUUUGCGCAAUCAGGUGGAGCAGGUGUUCGCCGAGCGGGACAUUCUGUCGUUUGCCGACAACCCCUUUGUGGUCAGCAUGUAUUGCUCGUUUGAAACGAAAAAACACCUGUGCCUGGUCAUGGAGUAUGUGGAAGGCGGGGACUGCGGAACCCUUCUGAAGAACAUUGGACCGCUGCCGGCAGAUAUGGCUCGCUUCUAUUUCGCCGAAACAGUAUUAGCCGUGGAGUAUCUACACAGCUAUGGCAUUGUCCAUCGCGACCUAAAGCCGGACAACUUGCUGAUCACAGCCCUGGGCCACAUAAAGCUGACCGAUUUCGGCCUCUCCAAGAUGGGCCUCAUGUCGCUGGCAACCAAUUUGUACGAGGGCUACAUUGACUCGGAGACUCGACAGUUUUCUGAUAAGCAGGUGUACGGUACACCCGAGUACAUUGCCCCGGAAGUUAUCUUGAGGCAGGGCUAUGGCAAGCCCGUCGACUGGUGGUCCAUGGGAAUCAUCCUCUAUGAGUUUCUCAUCGGCUGUGUGCCCUUCUUUGGCGAGACGGCCGAGGAACUGUUUGCCCAUACAGUCAACGAUGACAUUGAGUGGCCGGACAGCGAGGACUGGCCGGUGCAGUCCGAGGCGAAGGACAUUAUAACGCAAUUGCUGCAACAGAACCCGCGCGAACGAUUAGGAACCCAAACGGGUGCCAUGGAGAUGAAAGAGCAUGUGUAUUUCCUCGGCAUGGACUGGAAUUCGUUGCUGCGCCAAAAAGCCGAGUUUGUUCCUCAGCUUUCGCAUGAUGAUGAUACCAGCUAUUUUGAUACUCGCAUGGAUCGCUAUAAUCAUGAUCUGGCUGGAGAGGAUACGGACGACACGGACGAUACUCCCGUCUUCGGCAGCUUCAAUUCGUGUACGCCGCAAUAUAGAAAACAGCACUACAGCUGGUCCCGCCAUGCAUCAUCGACAUCAACUGCAACUGAUGAGGCAAAGGCCACACCACCCACCUUGACAUGCUUGCCAUCACGUGCCCAGGCAAUGCCAAUGCCAGUGGCAGCGGCCAGCACCUCAACAGGCGCCUUGCCUAAACUGAGAACGGGAACAGGAGCAGGACUAGCAUCCAACGAAGGAGCUGUCAACAAGUUCUUGAAUACGCCACAGCUGCGUAAACUGGAUCUCUCUUCCAGCUGCCUGAAGGUGCCGUCCACCCCAGAUGCGGAUUAUUUGCCCGAACUGCUGCACAACGUCACCAUUGGCAACGAUGCUGAGCUACGGAUGCUCAAGCACUAUCUGCAGCAACCGACACCGGCUGCCACGCAACGGCUGCACCAACGACACAGCAUGCCACCAAACACAAACACUACCAUCAUUAGUACGCCGGCCACUCCUCCGCCGGCUACUCAGGUAGCAGGAGCCACAGUCACAGCCACAGCAACAACGGUGAGCAGCUUUUCCCGCAGCACCCCGGAGAGCUCGCAGACGGACAGCGACGACUUCUCGCCGCAGAUAAAUCGCAAGCGGAAAGGAGUCUGUGCACGAGAUAUUCUGCCGCGCUUCUCCAUUUCGAUUGAGGAUGAGACAAUUUCCGCGGGCAGCUCAUCGACUGAGAACAUGAUUUUGCCAAGAGAGCAAUCGCCGCUGGCCUUGCAGCACCAGCCCAAGUCGAUGGACGGUACCAGCAGUGGCAGCAUGAAACACCAUCGCUCGAGAUCGAUUGUCAAGUCCGCCUCAGCCUUGGGCCUCUCUCUAAUGACGUCGCUGGACAAUAGUCAAUUGGCAGCACAGCUGUGUGGAAUUCAGUCUCCAGGUGGAGGAGGCAACGGCUCCAGCACGGCAAGCUCCAGAGAUACAUCCCCGUGUCGAGAGCUGUCGCCGCUAGUGACCAAUUUGAAGCCUCCGAUCAUUAUUCGACGCGGGCCUCGAGGUUUCGGCUUCACUGUCCACACAAUACGCGUCUAUUAUGGUGACACGGACUUUUAUACGAUGCAUCAUCUCGUCAUGGCCGUAGACGAGGGCAGUCCGGCCUUUGAGGCUGGACUACGGCCGGCAGAUCUCAUUACCCAUGUAAAUGGCGAGGCCGUGCAGGGCCUGUUUCACACGCAGGUGCUGCAGCUGCUCCUUAGCGGAGGCGAGCACGUCACCUUGAGGGCCACACCGCUGGAGCACACCAGCAUACAGAGCGGCGGUCGCAAGCGCGAUCUAAUGCAGAGCAAGCUGGCCAAGAAGGGCUUGAAUCGUCAGAAGAAGCAAACCAAACGGGAGCACGAUAAGAAACGAAAAACCUCGCUGUUCCGCCGGAUAAGCAGCAAGCGUGCGAACGCAGAGAUGCAGCAGGUUAGUCAUUUUUCCGCUGGCACCAGCUCACCCACCACUCCAUCGGCCAGGAACCUGUCGCCACUAGACUCUUCGUAUCACAGCAGUAGCUGCUGCCAGUCGGCAGCAAACUCCUCAUCACAAUCCACUUCACCAUCAUCCUCGUCGCCCAACACGCCCACAGCCACCAGUGGCAAUGGAGGCGCAUGCAGUGCUAAUGGUGGAUCUGUCCCUGCACCAGCUAUUCCAUCAGCUCUCUGCGUGCAAUUGCCCUUGGCCACCCCUCUUGCGCAGGUGGUGCUGCUCCCACAUGUGGGUGCUGCUGUUGGCAGUAGCCCCACCUCUGUGGGAAAUGUUCCAGUUUCUCCCACCGGCGUCGUUCCGCAGCUAUAUCAACGUCCAUCUACUCUACAUGGUCUUAAGCACAAGCUUCAUGCCGCCACCGCCGUGAUUGCAGGUGGAAGCAGCACCAGCAAUCCUUCCGGUGGAUUAAAGACCUUGCACUCCUCGAGCAACAAUUCGCUGCCAAAUCGUAGGAAGUCUGUGGGUCACAUUCCGCUCUCGCCGUUGGCGCGCACACCAUCACCCUCGCCUUUGCCGUCGUCGCCUACGCGGUCCCCGUCUCCGCUGGCCUUUCCAUUGGUCGGACAUCAGCCGGGGGCCUCCAAUACCACGCAAUCGUACAGUCCUGGGAGCACGCUGCCUACCUUGCAGACGGCGACGAACGCCAGCACCAAGAAGGGGGGUUUUGCUAGGACCAAGUCGGCUGAACCGAGCUCUCCUUUGCUACGUCGCGCCUUGUCGCCGGAUCGACUGCACCCCCGCAGUGCCGAAACAAAGAUUUCGCCUCUCUGCUGCUCGCCGCCGAUCAAACAACCAACUCAUCAGCGGGUGGUGACUACCACUUGGAGAUCAACAUCAACACCCACUGGGGCCAAUGGUGCUUCAACUGGCGGAGGAGUAGUCGGAACAGUAGGCAACGGAACAACGCCCCAACAGCUGGUUCCCUCAACUGAGGAAUCACAACGACAGUCCGGGGCAGGGACUGGCGCAUGUGCCUCGACAGUGGCAGGUACGGAUCCAAGCUCGACCGCUGUCGUUACGUUGGCCAGCUGCGAGCUGCUGCCCCGAAUUGCCGAAGAGAAGGAUUCACCCACCAGCACCCAGGACAUCAGCAGUGUGUCCGAGGGAUUUAUGCCCGCCAUAGAAGAGUAUACCGAGGGGGAGUCAUCGUCGCCCACACAGACCCUGGAGAAGCCGGAAAAGAUAAAGGGCAACAAGCAGGAGCGGGAGACUGUAGGAAAGGCCAAGAAGGUCGAGCUGGUUAAAUCUGCACCAGAUUCUGCUAAAAGCAAACCCCUGAGUAGUGGCUGCAAAACUUCGAUUACAACGACAAAGCCGGCCAGUCAAAGUGUGACCAUAUCAACAGCACCACGCAAGGAUCCAACGGCUGUCACACCAAACGAAGCUCCCACAUAUACAGCCACUUCCGCCGCCAAGCAAAAAAAGUAGCGCCAGAGAAACUGUGGGUGUGGACUCGGAUGCUUAUGCUUUAAAUGAAGUGUUUAAAUGUGUGUUAUAAUUUUAUAAUUGUCAGUCCAACUAGUGAGUGGAACGCAGCAAAGGCAGAGAGGAAUGAACAGCCGUAGGAAUUCAAUAUAUGUAUAACGAAGGAUUGCGUUUUGACAUUUUUUCAAAGUAAACCUUUUUUUUCGCAAAACACAAUAUUAGCAAUGAAAUUAAUUAGAAAAUUUGGAAAACUUGUAGUGUGUAGUACUAUGUUGUUGCGUAACCGACAGAUGGAGUUGGAAUAAGGAAAGCAAAAAUAAAGCAAAAGCUUUAAAAUUGCAGUUAAAGCAAAUCAAAGAGGCACCCCACAAUUAUGUAUUGUAAAUAGAUGUGUAACAUUGAUAGAUCGAACCAUAUUUGGAUGAUAAAGAAGGAAAACAGUCAGUUUGAGCAAAGUGCAUGUAGUGAGGUCUGCUUACGCAGAUAUACUCGUUCAUAUUUAUAAAACUUUUGCGAAUCUAUACCCUAUGCCUAAUUCAAUAUAAAUAAAUGUUAUAUGUGUGUAAUAAAAAACCAAAAA